UGGAUGUUGAUGUUGCAUACACCUUACCAAUAUCAGAACUGGAUUUAUCAUUUUUUCAGAUAGUGUACAGUGUGGUAUUGGAAUUUUUGCAUCCUUGAACAAAAUAUCUUUUGAGAAGAAAUGUCUGAAUCUGCAGAAGAUCUUAAUUCAGAAUCUGUUGAAGUCCUUCGGGAACGCCUUAGUUCAAUGAAACGAUUAAUGGCAGAGCGCAACAGUCAACAAUCCUCGCCAGCGAGUACUGAAGAAAUUUGGUCCAGAAACCGUCGAACUUCUACUGGAAUAAUUGAUGGGAAUUUUCUUAGUGUAGCAUUUGGAGGUGCCUUGCUAGUGAUUGUCACGGUUUCCGUGUAUGCAUUCUACAACUUAUAUAAUGCGAUUUUAAAAAAGUUUCCUUCCCAUCACGAAGAAUUAUAAAAUUUUUACUGUAAUGGGCAUAACUAAUGAUAUCAGAUAUUGCUAAC